AGGACGUGCACGCGCGCCUGGCGCUUCUCGGCGCCUCGGGCGGCGCGCCGCGCGUGCGGGCCUGCGCUUCGGCCCUGCGGGCGCUCGGGUGCGGCGGCGAGCUGCGGCCCGGCGAGGGGCAUCCCACGCCGCUGCGGCCGUGCCCCGACGAGCGGCUGCGCGAGUGGUCUCGCGCGGAGGAGCACUGCGAGCGGCGCGCCACGCGGUGGGCGCUGCGGCACUGCGCCCAGGAGGUCGCCGCGCUCGGCGUGCAAUGGGGAGCGGAGCUGCGGCUCUUGCAAGCCGAGCUGGACUUUCGGGGCAGGCGCCCCGCCGCUGGCGCAGGGGCCCGCGCCCGCGCGGGCCGGGCCGCCACCGCGGAGAAAACCCGCGCGCGCGCGGAGGGUGUUCGGUUCGGCACGACCCGACUCUGUGCCGAGCCCGCCUCUGAUCUACCCUCCAAGGCGUCUUUUUUCCCGGAUUGUUCUUGAAU